AUGGGGAAGACGCUGGAACACUGCAGAGACAAGGGGAGGAACGGGGAAGAAGCUGGAACACUGCAGACCAGAGGAGGAACGGGGAAGAAGCUUGGACAUUGCAGACCAGAGGAGGAACGGGGAAGAAGCUGGGACAUUGCAGACCAGAAGAGGAACGGGGAAGAAGCUAGAACACUGCAGAACAGAGGAGGAACGGGGAAGAAGCUAGAACACUGCAGAACAGAGGAGGAAUGGGGAAGAAGCUGGGACAUUGCAGACCAGAGGAGGAACGGGGAAGAAGCUUGGACAUUGCAGACCAGAGGAGGAACGGGGAAGAAGCUGGGACAUUGCAGACCAGAAGAGGAACGGGGAAGAAGCUAG